CUGACGGACGGACGCGCGGACGGACGGACGCUCGGACUGAGCCGCGGCGGCCGGGACCCGCCCGUCCAGCGCUCGCCGGGGCCGCGGCCACCCCCGGGCCGGUCCGGCGGCCGCGGCGCGCGCGCCCCAUGGGGCCACAGUGUCCGUAGGCCACCGCUCGGAUGCACAGCCACGGGGAAGAUAUGGAAAUCGCGUCCCACUACCGGCAGCUGCUGCGGGAGCUGGACGAGCAGCGGCAGCACGGCAUCCUGUGCGACGCCUGCGUGGUGGUCGAGGGCAAGGUCUUCCGGGCGCACAAGAACGUGCUGCUGGGCAGCAGCCGCUACUUCAAGACGCUGUACUGCCAGGCGCAGAGGGCGCCCGGCCAGGCCACCGUCACCCACCUGGACAUCGUCACGGCCCAGGGCUUCCAGGCCAUCAUCGACUUCAUGUACUCGGCCCACCUGGCGCUGACCAGCAGGAACGUCAUCGAGGUCAUGUCCGCCGCCAGCUUCCUGCAGAUGACCGACAUCGUGCAGGCCUGCCACGACUUCAUCAAGGCCGCCCUGGACAUCAGCAUCAAGCCCGACGCCUCGGACGAGCUCGCCGAGUUCGAGGUGGCCGGCGCGGGCGGCGGCGCGGACGCGCUCAUCUCGGCCGUGAUGGCCGGCAGGAGCAUCUCCCCGUGGCUGGCGCGGCGCACCAGCCCCACCAACUCCUCGGGGGACUCGGCCAUCGCCAGCUGCCACGAGGGCGGGAGCAGCUGCGGGAAGGAGGACCCCGAGCCCAAGGCCGAGGGUGCCGAGGACCUGGGCGCCACCGCGCUGUGGCCGGGCGCCGUGGUCUGCGGGACCCUGUCCAUCAAGGAGGAGCAGGUCUCGCCGGCUCCGUACGGGGAGAGCGAGGCGCCCUGCGCCCAGGCCGGCGCCCAGAACCCUUUCUCGGAGCAGGCCGGCGGCGACAGCUGGCAGCCCGCGGGCCGCAGGAAGAACAGGAAGAACAAGGAGACAGUCAGGCACAUCACGCAGCAAGCGGGGGACGGGAGCCGGCCCGGCUCCCCGGUGCCGUCCUUCCUGCCCGCAUCCACCUGGCCCUUCGGCAGCCGAGACCCGGGUGCAGACUUGGCCAUCCCUGAAGCCGGCGGCCCUGACAGGCACGGGGACAGGGCCGACCUCUAUGCACACGUGGAGGAGAGCCUCCUGGGAGGGGACGUCAGCUGCCUGGGCCCGCCGCUCACCCCCGAGAAGGACGAGGCACUGCAGCAGGCCGCCGCAGUGGCCAACCUGCGGGCGGCGCUCCUGAGCAAGAACAGCCUGCUGUCCCUCAAGGCCGACGUCCUGAGCGAGGAGAGCUCCCUGCUGCUGGAGUGCCUGCCACCCGGCGCCCAUGGCCUGUCCUUGAACGAGUUCACGGUCAUCAGGAAGAAGUUCAAGUGCCCGUACUGCAGCUUCUCGGCCAUGCACCAGUGCAUCCUCAAGCGACACAUGCGCUCCCACACGGGCGAGCGGCCCUACCCCUGCGACAUCUGCGGCAAGAAGUUCACGCGGCGCGAGCACAUGAAGCGGCACACGCUGGUGCACAGCAAGGACAAGAAGUACGUGUGCAAACUGUGCAGCCGGGCCUUCGUGUCGGCCGCCAGCGUGGGCAUCAAGCACGGCUCGCGGCGCCACGGCGUGUGUGCGGACUGCGCCGGCCGCGGCACGGCGGGGCCCCUCGACGGCCCCGGGGCCGAGGGCUCCCCUGAGCUCUUCCCCGGGGAGGGGCCCUACCUGGACGGCCCCGAAGACCCGCGUGGGGAGGGCGAGGAGGAGGGCGAGGAGGAGGACGAGGAUGAGGCCAGGUGGAAGGAGGCCGUGGGGCUGGCCCACGAGGACUCCCUGGACAAGGCCGAGGAGCUGGAGGGGGCCCCCAAGGACCUGGCCUGGGUGUCCUGAGCCCCCGCUCUCGGCUCCCCACCUCACCUGCUCCCCCGGACGCAGCGGCAGGUGCCCUCGGCACCGAGGUGGGGCCUGGGCCGGCCCCCGCAGCGCUGUGGGGGCGCCCCCUCGCCUGGCUGUGCCCGCUCAGGUGCUAUCUCCGGGCAGCAACCCAGGCCCGGCCCCCGUUUUGUGCACUCGCAGGGGCUGCCCUGCUGGCCUUCUUGCUGCUAAUCUGGGCACGGCCUGAUGGGGUGGUGGUGUCUGAAGGUCGUGUGUGGCCGCCGCCUGGCUCAGGCCCCCUCUGAGGUGUCCAGCCAGGGGCACUGGUGGAGGUCAGGCCUGCCGCAGCC